AUGGGACGGCCGUUUGUUUGUCCGGUACGCGACUGCAGAGCUCUUGCCAUCAGCAUGAAGCAAAUAGCGGCGCACUUUCAUGGGAAGCAUAGCCGCACUUUGUUCAAUGACAAUGGCGACGGCACCUUUUCCAAGGUGAGAGACUAUGCAAACAAGGACGACAGCUCUCCCGGCAUCAUCGUUUCGCGCACCCCAAUCUCUCCUGGAGCACCUCCCCCCGCAACCCCGGAAUACUCAGAGAGGCAGAAGAUGCUACUGAGCAAAAGAAGCCCGCCCAUGCCCAAUCCAAGAGCAAACGUACAGCCACCGUUGACUGAAACGCUUCUAUUUUUGCAUCGGUUUCUCUCGCCAAAUCAGCAAGUCCCUUCUCGGCCGGACAUACUUGCGCUAUCGAAAUAUGAGCGGGUUCGGAAUUUGCCAGCUUCAUGGAUAGACUAUCACAUUGAUAAGACAAUUGAUCCGCUCCAUUAUGCCUGUGUUUUAGCAUAUCUGGUGGGCACGGCAGAAGAAAAGAAUCCAUGCCGCAAGUGGAAAGGAGUGUCACGGCUGUCUGAUCCGUGCGUGGGUUUGCCUGCGAGCCUCCCAGCUGAAGCGCGAGCUGCAUUUAGCAAAUCAGAGACGUGCAUGGCCUGCCAAUAUCAAUAUUGCUACUACCGUACCAAGAACGAGUGCGACUGGGCUAAGAAUGAGAACCGCAUGGUCCUUGAUGGUGUGAGCGAAGACCCAGCAGAUGCAGCAGCACGGGCAGAGGCAGACGCGACAUCCCAGUCUAAACACGAAUCGGCAUCUGACAAUAGGGCCAAGGCAGUUGUGGUGGACGAUGGUUACACAGACGAUGACUAUGACAUAGUCUCAGAGGGCCUGUCGUUAUCGAAAAGGGAGCCUGAAGAGGUCCCUAUUCGAACCUCUCAGAAAAAGAGCUCUCCACCUAUAUCAGCCGCCGCAUUAGCUUCGGCAGCGGCUCAGAAGCUAUCUACCACCACUCAGAUGGAGGAAGUGGAGGAAAUGGAAGGUUGGGAAGUUGCCCCUGGUACCAUCAAAGACGAAGUGACUAAUAUGAAUAUUGGCUUUUCCAAUGCCUACAUGUCUGACCAACAUCCUAUUACCAUCUCCCCAGGCAUCGGCUUCAAUGUUCUCAUCCUAAAGCCAGGCCACUCCUAUCACUGGCCGGAGGAGGUGAGCAAGGUGCGCACGUGCUCUGUCAGCACAGGCAAGAUCAGUGUCAAGACGGGCAGCAACCAGACGUUCAAGCUAGGCCCGAAUGGAGUAGUUGUCAUACGGCCAGGACAGAGCUGCAUGGUUUCAAAUCGGCUUUACACAGAUGCGCGAGGGACAGGUAUGGCUCGUGGCGGUGGCGGCGGCCCGAUGCGGCGGGCCUCUGCCAGCCUUGCGCUGGACUUGCCUGCUCCUCCUCCUGCGCGAAGGAGAUCGGGCAGAACAAAAACACCAAGUAUAUUUACGGAUACCGACGACACCGACUUGAAACCCAGAGUUAGCGAGAGAUUUUCUGAGAAGCCAGGAACGGGAACGGGAGAGAGCCAUAACCAGCAGCCGAGGACUCGCUUUACCAUUGAUCCUGAGGGCGAACUUACACACGAUGAGACGAGCGUUGAUGUCGUCACGGUGCCGUGCCCGGGUGGGCAUCCCCUGCGCAGCUGGAAUCGAGAUGGCCUUAUGGGACGGUACUUUGGUGCACCGUCAAUGCGGGAUGCCGAAGUCAAUGAGGUGGAGCGGCAGGGCCCGUCGUGGGUGAGGCAAGGCAUUCGACGAGAGGCCAAUAGGGCGAGGAUCCUGCUAUACGAGCACCCGGAGGUUGUGGAUGGCAUGACGCUGAACAAACUGGCUAUUGCGCUUCUGGAUGAGCUCAAGGAGUUGAGGACGAGGGAGAAGCAACAGGAGAGGCCGCUGUUGUUUAUUGGGCACAGCAUUGGUGGGCUGGUGGUGAAGAUGGCGUUGGUGCGGGCGAGCAGAGACGCAAAGUAUGAGGGGAUACUGAGGGAAUGUUAUGGGGUUGCUUUCUUUGGAACGCCGCAUCAGGGGUCCAGCUACUUUGCCAUGCCCACUCUCGCGUCGAGCAUCCAGCAUCUACUACAGCUAUCAGCUCCCCUGCCGGCCUCUCUCACGGACGAUUUACGUAUGGGAAACCAUCUACUUCUCCAUGUAGACGAAGACUUUAAAAUCGUAUCAGACGACCUUCGUGUAUGGACUUUUUACGAGACAAUCGACUCUCGACUGUCGGCCAACUCGGGAGACAUCUACUUCACGGCUCCCCUGACAUCCAUCAAGUCGGCCAUUCUGGGAAUGCGUCAAGAGCGCAUUUUCCCCUUGCAAGGCGACCAUGCCAACAUUGCGUCGUUUGGGAGGCACAACGUGCACACCCUGCGACUAUUCCUACGACAAUUGGCGGAGUAUAUCGAAAAGGCAGAUUCCAAUGCCCGAGAGGAUGCGAGGGCGGGGAAAUGGAUGCUCAACUUGGAGCAGAAGGUGACGGUGGAGGUUCAUGGCUUUUUCGAUGACGCGGGGAUAGAUGAUGGGACCGUGAGGGCCUGGUCAACGAGGCUGCCGCUGAGGGAGUUUCUGAAUAAAGGUCCCGAGGCCUGUCUGAGCGAGAGGCUGAAUGAGUCGGAAGUGCCGCCUGAGGAGGGAAGAUUCCUGGCUAUGAGAGGGCGGACAGGCUUGGUGGACAUGGAUGGACCACCAGAGGCUGUUUCCUUUCCCCCGGAUCCAUUGACGGUGAAGAAUGCUCUGGGGAUUAAUCAAGAUAUGAUGCCUUCAGUUGAUCACACUGCUAGACCUUCUUCAGUGUUGCCAGUGCCACCGUCGCCCAUCAUUCUACCAGUUGACUCUCCCAUUUCAAGGCCAAGGAAGAGUACGGAAUCUGCACCGUCAGCAAUGCGUUCACGUUCCACAGCUGGGCCAUUGACACCUCCUUCUCGGCCCAUCUCUCUUCCUCCUCAGCAAACGUCACCUUUUCGGAAACCCUCGCCCCUUAUGCGUGCGAGCUUGGAUCAGGAGCUUGCUAUAGAUCGUCUUUCACCACCCUUACGAGGCCGCGUAGGGCGAUCCUUCAGCCGGUCUAUGAGUCUUGACAGUGACAUUGGCGGCACAUCAUCUCCCCCUCGGUAUCGUGGCUUUCCUCCUUUAUCGCCGCGAAGUCGAAGUACGUUUGACAGGGCUCUUGUUGGAGAUGAGAAUGAUAGCGAUGACGAUGGCGAUGAGGGUGGAUUGGAGGGAUCUCCGAAGCUACCCGAGAGCGUUCUUGCGAUUCGGAAGAUGGCGAAGGAGAGGGGCCAUAGGCCGAGCGAAACUGUGAUUGUGGACGAUGGAAUGGUGGUUCAUACUGCGUUUAUAAAGCCAGAAGCCAAGGCGAGGAAGUUUGUUUGGAUUCAUUUGCCUUUUAACAAUCCCACCUGGGUGACUGUAAUAUCUCCGAGGACUCAUUCGGUAACCAGCCGCUCCCUUUCUCCGCCUAGUGAGGAUGACCAGAUGUAUGUCUGUCUAUUUCUUCCGUAUCUACACUUUGACUCGUACAAGAGACUCAUUCGCCGGCGCGAACUUAUUGCGAAGCGCUUGGCUCAUGGAAGGGCAAGGCCAGUCCCCGAGUCUGUUGCCAAGUCGGACUCUCUGGAGCUACAGGUUGUUUGGGAGUUUCUAGGGCAUGACCCACCAAUCAACUGUCGGCGUACGCUGGAUCAAUAUGGAUACCCGUCGAUCAGGGAUACACGGUCUCGAGAUGACGACCAAAUGCUGUACAAGUUGACAAAGGAAAGAUAUUACGACGUGGCCGAAUACAGGGGGUUGUAUAACCAGACUUCGGGCAGCGGCUCGGCAUCAGGAGAGAGAAGCUGGAGGGAAAAGUUGAAUAAACAAAAUGGCGGCGAAAACGGAGAUGAAGAGGCUGAGAAGGACGUCCUUAAUGGGAACGUGCUGAUGGUGGACCAGCUGUGGAUCUGGACUAUUUCAACGCAUACACUGCUUUCGUUCUUCCCCAAGCGUGAAAGCGAUCCUAUCGAAGGGCCACUGUAUCAACAGGCAGAUCUGCGCGAUAGCAUCUUCAACGAUGUCAAUGUAGAUCUCACACGCCUCUGUGAUACCUCUUUUGACCUAGCGGCACUGGCAGCUCUGCAUGCAGUGAGCGUUCUUCUUGACCGGUCUUCUCAUCCUGAUUUGGAGGUCUUUCGCAUCUUUGAAGAAGCCAUCAGCGUUUUGACUGAGAAACUUACAACAUCCCUCAAGGAGUUCCGCUCAGAAGGAUUUCGUGACAAGGCUUUUGAUUAUGAACCUGUCGAGAAUAAAGCUCGCUCGAUUCGGGAGCGCCACAAACAGGAGGGUCGACGAGCCGAACAGGAGAAUAGGGAUAACACUUCGGCCCUGCUAGAGCUGCGAGAUAUUGAGGACGAAUUGGCGACUCUGCUGGGUCUCUUUGAGAGACAGACCAAAGUGAUCUCAGCGAUGCACACCAUCUACAAUCGCCCCGAGAUGAGAGCCCACACGGUCCAUGGAAGAGGGUUUCUCGUUGAGGCUCUGAAGCGGCUGGGGGAGUAUAUCCAAGUGACAGAGGAAAUGAUUCGACGGGUGAAGAACACGAGGGAUGAAUACGACAAGCUGCUGCAAAUGGUGCAACGCCAAGCGCAAGUUGACGAGGUGCGACUCAGCAGACUUCACGCCGAUUUGGCCAGCGCACAGAGUCGGAGCGUAUUGAUCUUUACGACCUUUACUGUCAUAUUCUUGCCGUUGCAAUUCUUCACAGGUAUAUUCGGCAUGAAUACGCAAGAAUGGGCUGGGGGCGACAACUUACCGCUGCGGACGAUUGCUGUGAUUGGCAUCCCGGCGAGCGUGGCCCUGAUCGUGGUGACUCUCAUCGUUGCGUGGAGCACCAAUGCGCGACGGUUCUUCAAGUGGAUCGGGAGACAGUACGGAGGGGCGCUGCGCUUCUUUUACGAGAUCUUUGGGAAGCCCGUGGCGCAGUGGACGAUGAAGUAUAUGGAUGAUGUGGCGGCGAGGAGGGGAGGGAAACGCAGGCAAGGAGGGCCUGGGAGAGGUGAGGACAGAGCUCCGAAUGGUAGUUUGAGCACGGAGACGAGCGAUUUCUGGGAGAGGCAUCGAUUGGAGAGGGAGAGGGGUUAUCAGAUCCCGGAGGUGAAUAAGGCGCCGGCGAGUAGGGCGAAGGGAGGGGCGAAGUUGAGGAAGAGUCAGAGGGGGUGA